AAAAAGAGCUGUCAAGAGUACAGGCUCCCGCGUGAAAGGGGUGGGGGGUGGGGAGGUGGAGAUUGGGCUGUCAUGUGAUGGGCUAAGAUGGCGGUCUCUACGGAAGGUUCAGACUUGGAAGCCUCAUUGCUGAGUUUUGAAAAGUUGGACAGGGCAUCGCCAGACUUGUGGCCAGAGCAAUUACCAGGUGUUGCUGAAUUUGCAGCUUCUUUUAAAAGUCCCAUCAGCAGUUCUCCACCUAAAUGGAUGGCUGAAUUAGAAAAUGAUGAUAUUGACAUGUUGAGAGAGCUGGGAAGUCUCACUACAGCUAAUCUGAUGGAGAAGGUUAGAGGUUUACAGAAUUUGGCAUAUCAGUUGGGACUGGAUGAAUCCAGAGAAAUGACUAGAGGGAAAUUCCUGAACAUCCUGGAGAAACCCAAAAAGUAACUGAAUAUGUACUACACUUAAAAAAAAGCAGCAGCACCUUGUUAUUUCAGAACUUCUAGAAUUGUCCACAUAAGCUGAAAUGAAAGGACCAAACUCAUUGUUUCACCUUUCUUUUGAGGAUAACUGUUCUGGAUUACUUCAGCAUUGGCCAGCAUCAGUUCUCUUAACCUCUUGGCUGCAGCUGAUCCUGCCCUACUUACCUUAAUGAAAAGAAAACUCAUGUACUAUAAUAAUAAUAUGCAUCUUGUGGUAAUAGCCUUGUCCGAGAGCAGUACACAGCAUGGCACUUCUGUACGUAUGUCCAUCCCACAUUAUUACAAGACAAGCACUUUAUAAGACUCACUACUGGACAAAUGCAUAAUUUGAGAUGAAAACUGACUAGUAUUCUUUAAUAUAGAUAAUCCUAAUUUUAUAAUUGUAGAAGUUAUAAAUUUUUUAUUGAUUUUUAUUAGGUACAAAGGCUGCAGAAAAAAUAAGGAUUGUAUCAUUCUUGCAUGUUCGUGUAAUUUUAGAUAUAGGAUGGGAUGGGAGGUUACAUUCCAUCAAAUUUCUGUUUGGUUGAUUUUAAGCUACCUAAAUGUGACUGCAAUGGAAGUGUGAAGAAAAAACUAAAGAAGAUAAUAAGAAAAAAACACACUCAUAUGAAGAAAACAUGUGUCCUGUGCUCAGCUUAAUCUUUCGUUCAACUUUAGAUCUCUUAUGUCUUAAAAAAUGUCUAAAGGCAAAAAAAAUUCUCUGUCAUAUCAGAAUUUUCCCAAAAGCAAAUAAUAUCUUUUUAGGCUACCUGUUUUGUAUUAUAUUCAUAGCUCUAGAAAAGAUAUCUCCAAAUUGGGUAUCUCUUUCAGGUAUACAUAGAAGAUGCUUUAUACAGUAUAUAGAAGUAACAAAUUAUAUAUUGCAAAGCCCUGAUUUCUCUUUAAGUCUCCUUCUUUUCCAGAUAUACUUUUAAAAUAGCUGGCUGGCAAGACACCAGGUCAAGGUCUUUUCCUUGUAUUGGUUUCUCUACAAUAAAGUACUGAAUAGGGUUUGCCUGAAACUGGUGCUUAGAUUUGUGAGAUAUGGUGACUUGAAAAUAUUGGAGUUGAAAGUGUCAAAUUAGGAAAAGUUGUGCUAGUUACAUUUGGCGAAUUACCAAGCUAAAUUUAGCACUUUUACAUCGCAUUAAAGUGAUAUUAGAGUAUCUCUCCCAUUGUGGAAUAAACAGAAUUAAGAAAGGCCUAAUUUUGGAUUUUGGCCUGCAAAUGUUUUAAUAAAAACCUUUUUUCUGUGAUGAAAAACAAUAUUAAUAUUGGAUUGUAUAUCAAAAAUUUGAUUUUUUAAAAAAGUUAACAUCCCAACAAAUCUUUGAAGUUUUCAAUAUGCAGCUGUAUACUGUUCCAUUUACUGUAGCGGUAUUGCAACUUUGGAAAUGUAAGAAUACAAUAUAAGCAAGAAAACAGUAUGCAAUUUAAUAUAUACUGUAAAUGAUGACCAUUUUCUGUGUUCUGGUAGUUUGUAAAUUACAUGAGUGAGAUAUUUCUCGUGUACAGCAAAUCAGCCAUAUUUCCAUUUUAAAUUAUUAUAUAUAUAUAUAUUGCAUUUUUUCUAGAACAGAGGUUCUAGAUUAGAACAUUCUAAUUACAUACAUCAAAUGGCAAUUCACAAAGUUUGCCCUGUCAUGACAUUAUAUUUGCGGACCUAAGAUUCACAUGCGAAAAUAUUACAUCCGUGCCAGUGAUGGCAAAACUAUAAAUGAUGAUGAACAGCUAGCAAAAAAAUAUUAGGAGCAGGAAAAAAUGUGCUUACUGCUCAGAGAAAAAGUUUGUUUUUUAAUGGUAACCUAUUAUUUAUAUUUUUGUUUAGGAAUACUGAAAUUGUUACCUUUUUUGUUUGUGGGUUUUAAUAUAUAAUAACUCAGAGUUGAGCAUUCUGAAAUAUCUUAAUGAUUGAAGGAUGAGGGAGAGGGAGAUUUUAAAUCUUACAUUAAAGAUAAAGGGGUUGACUUUUGAUGUAUUAUUUGUUCAAAAUACAUUUGGAGCCUUGGUUAUAGGCAACAUAUAGAUAAGAUACCCACUGCCAGGAUCUGAUUAGUUAAACUCUUUUACAUUUGAAAACAUUUCUUUUUAUUAUAAAAAUUUGUAAUUCUGAACAUAUACCCAAUUAUUGGUAUAUAUGCUUUAAGUAGAGAUAUUUAUAUUUUUAAUGCAUAGAUCUGUUAAAUAUUUAGUAAAAGUGGCCUACAUCAGUAAUUUGUAUGUUACAAUUUUGUGUUUUUGAUAGUAAAUAAAAAGUUACAUUUUUAAAACA